AUGAAUCAACCUCACGAGGUAGAGAGGUUGACUAUUAAUGACAACGAGUUAGUGGUGGAAACUGUGUCUAACACUGGGGAUAAGGACAAGCGAGAGGCAUGGGCCGGGAAAGUAGAGUUCGUAUUAGCCUGUGUGGGUUACUGUGUUGGAUUGGGCAAUGUAUGGAGGUUUCCGUAUCUUUGCUACCGUAACGGAGGGGGUGCCUUCUUGAUACCUUACCUCCUGACUUCUGUAUUCGCUGGAAUACCUAUGUACUUCUUGGAGUUGUCAUUGGGACAAUGGCAAAGUACUGGGGGCCUUGGUGUCUGGAAAAUUUCUCCUAUAUUCAAAGGUGUUGGGUAUGCCGCCGCCGUUAUGGCCGCAUGGCUAAACAUCUUUUAUGUUGUGCUUCUGGCCUGGGCACUCUACUAUCUGUUCAACUCCUUUACGAACAUCCUUCCCUGGUCUACGUGCGACAACUGGUGGAACAGUGACUUCUGCAAGUCCGAGUACGAUCGCCAGUGGUCAUUCUACAACUGUACCAAUGGGACGUUUUGGACUGAAGCCAAUACAACUGUAAACGGAAAUGUAACUGCUAUGGAAUUAUCGCAUCCGGGGUUUAACUGUAGCGCCAUGCCAUUUACAUCCCCUGUUCGAGAAUACUGGGAACGACAUGUUCUCCAGGUUAGCCCUGGAGUUGACGAGCCAGGUCCUGUGCGCUGGCAAUUAGCUCUUUGUCUUCUCCUUGCUUGGGUGUUGUGUUACUUCUGCAUCUGGAAGGGUAUCGGUUGGACAGGAAAGGUUGUCUACUUUACCGCCAUCUUCCCCUAUAUCCUGUUGACAAUACUCCUCAUCAGAGGUGUUACACUUCCAGGGGCAUGGGACGGUAUCCGGUAUUACAUAUAUCCAGAUGUUUCGAAACUGGCUGAGUCAGGGGUUUGGCUGGACGCCGUGACUCAGAUAUUCUUUUCCUAUGGCCUUGGUCUGGGCUCGCUCAUUGCAUUGGGCAGUUAUAACAAGUACAACAACAACGUCUAUAAGGACGCUGUACUCAUCUCCGUCCUCAACAGCGCCACUAGUAUGUUUGCCGGCUUCGUCAUAUUUUCUGUCAUAGGAUUUAUGGCCAAGGAACAGCAGAUGGCGGUUGCUGAUGUAGCAGUCUCCGGUCCCGGUCUGGCGUUUCUUGUCUACCCGAGUGCUGUUGUCAAGCUUCCGAUCUCGCCUCUUUGGGCUGUGCUUUUCUUUUUAAUGGUCCUUAUGCUAGGUCUUGACAGCCAGUUCUGUACCAUGGAAGGAUUCUUCACGGCCCUGAUAGACGAGUGGCCACGCUAUCUGCGGAAGAACAGAGAAAUUUUCAUCGCUGUUGUGUGCUUUCUGUCCUAUCUCGUUGGUUUAUCGAUGGUGACGGAGGGAGGGAUUUACGUGUUUGAACUCUUCAAUCAUUACUCCGCUAGUGGUCUUUGUCUCCUUUGCCUGAUAUUCUUUGAGUGCAUUGCUGUUUCCUGGGGCUACGGCGUGAAUCGGUACUAUGAAAACCUCCGCAGUAUGUUUGGAUUUUAUCCAAACAGAUUCUUCAAGUUCUGUUGGGCUUUUAUGACACCUGCUAUAUGCCUUGGUGUUUUGCUGUUCCGACUUAUAAAGUUGAAAGCAGUGAAGUAUAUGGACUAUGAAUAUCCUACAUGGGCACAUGCUAUAGGCGCUCUAAUGGCUCUGUCGUCUGUGAUGGUCAUUCCGUUAUAUAUGCUUUACAAGACCUAUGUUACCUCCGGAAAUUCUUUCAGAGAUAAAAUGAAGAAUCUGUUCCGACCUGAUGUACAACUCCCUACGGGACUAGGAGCGCCCCCACCUUAUUCUGUAGUAAACACGUAUGGCGAUAAUGUCGCCAGGCUUUAA